AGUAGUGGGGCCCGUCUAGUAUUGCGUCUCCAUGGUCUUCCUCCGGCCGCCGCUAUGAAGAUCAAGCGGCAGAAGCACGCCAAGAAGAACGUGGGCUUCUACAAGCACAACUUCGGCUUCCGCGAACCCUUCCAGGUGCUCCUGGACGGCACCUUCUGCCAGGCCGCGCUGCGCAACAAGAUCCAGAUCCGAGAGCAGCUGCCCGGAUACCUGGCCGGGGCCACGCAGCUCUGCACGACGCGAUGUGUCCUGAAAGAGUUGGAAUCCUUAGGGAAGGAGCUCUAUGGGGCAAAACUAAUUGCGCAGAGAUUUCAAGUUCGCAAUUGUUCUCACUUCAAAAAUCCAGUGAGCGGCUCAGCCUGCCUCUUGUCCAUGAUCGAGGGUGGGAAUCCGCACCAUUACUUCAUUGCUACGCAGGACCAAGAUCUGGCAACAAAAGUAAAGAAAAAGGCUGGAGUUCCCCUUCUCUUCAUAAUUCAGAACACAAUGGUUCUUGACAAACCUUCCAUGAAAUCUUUGGCUUCGGCACAAGCAGCACAGACAAACCGGCUGAUUCCAGAGCACCAAAAACUAAGCAUUGAACUUCUCAAAGAGGAGCAGGGUCUGGCAAAGACCUCGGAGCCGAGAAAAAGGAAACGGAAAAGGGCCAGUGGCCCUAAUCCUCUCAGCUGCCUGAAGAAAAAGAAAAAGGCACAGGAGACCUUGCAGCCUUCAGCAGCUAAGAAAAAGGGGAAUAGGAAACGCAAGAAAAGGAAACUGGAAGCAGGAGGAGAGACUGUGCCAUCAGGGUCACAGAAUGUGGAAGCAUGAAAUCAUCCCAGAAAACUGGUGGGCUCGUCUGUUCCAUGAACUUUUGGUAAAGACUAAAGGAGUGUGAUAAUCCUUGCAUUUAAUUAUUAUUUUAUUAAAGGUCUUGUUUUAAAGGUC